GCGCGGGCAGGUGGCGGGGCCGGAGGGGGCCCGGCAGGGGUGGCCGAGCUGGCACAUGCUGCAGGUGGGGCUCAGCCUGCCCCGCUGCCCCGGGGGCGCGGCCGGCGCCUUCCCCAUGGCCGAGCCGGCCGCGGGCGAGGACGCGGGCACCGGGCGAGAGGCGCCGGGCUCGUGCCCAGUCACCAUCGUGGUCACGUCCGAGGCUGACACCUGGGACAUCGACACCUCGUCCUGCCUGGGCUGUGGGCAGUUCGUGGAUUGGGACAAGAUGCCGGAGCCGCAGCAGCCGGCGCAGAUCCCGCGGGACGUCCUGAGCAGGCCCCCGAAGGAGCUGAAGAGGCUGGCGAGGGAAGGCUGCUGGGCCGGGAGCCACGCGGGCCGGGCCCGGCUCUACCCCCGGCUCAUCCAGCAGGUCUCCUGCCGCCUCGUCACCCCCGACGCGCUCGUGUACAGGGACGUGGCCGGCCGGCUCUUCGGGAAGCCCAGCGUGAGCUCCUACCCUCUGCCCGAGUUCCUGGAGGGCUGCCCCAUGCCCACCUACUGCCUCAGCCCGCACGGGGUCACCGCCCUGAAGAAGAUCCUCAUCUGUGUGGGCGCCCUGUUCCCCGACAUCACCCACAGCCCCCUCCUGCCGGCCCUGGCGGCGCUGCUGCUGCACUACAGCGAGGACGAGGCCCAGUGCUUCGAGAGCGUCUCGCGCCUCAUCGCCAGCAACGCUCCCCACGCCGGCUACAUCGACCAGUCCUUCCUGGCCCACCAGGCCUCCUGCAUGACCUUCGGGGACCUGGCCAACAAGCACUGCCCGGCAGCUCACAAGCUCAUAGCCGGCGCCGCCGAGAACGUCCUCGAGGUCUACUCGGAGUGGCUGUCGUGGCUCUUUCCCGGGCUGCCCUUCGGCUACGCCGUGCGGGUGCUGGACGUGUUCCUGCUGGAGGGCCAGAAGGUCCUGUACCGCAUCGCCCUGGCCCUGCUGAAGCAGUUCCGGCUCUCGGUGACCCCGGCCGGGCUGCAGGGCUCCGACAUCAAGGCAGAACUGCAGGCUUUCGUCAGGAACAUCGCCGAGCACGUGACCGUCGACAAACUCCUGGAGAGAGCCUUUGGCAUCCGGCUGUUCUCCCGCAAGGAGAUCUGGCUUCUCCAGAUGGCCAACAGGAAGGCGCUGAUGGAGAGGGGCAUCACCGUGGUGCAGAGCAGGCCGUCCUUCCACCUGGCCGUGGACAUGCAGAACUUCAGCUCCAGCACUGUCACGGCGCAGGAGAUGCGCCUCGUCUGGUCCUGGAUCCCCGAGCGCUUCUCCCUCUUCCCCCCGCUGCUGCUCUUCUCCACCUCCGAGCACGGCUGCAGCCUGCAGAGGUUCUACACGUGCUGUGAAGGCUACGAACCCACGGUGCUGCUCAUCAAAACCACCGAGGGGGAGGUGUGUGGGGCGUUUCUCUCCUCCGACUGGAGCGAAAGGAAGAAGAGCGGUGCCACAUCGGGCUUUUUUGGGACAGGGGAGUGCUUUGUGUUCACUGUGCGCCCCGAGGCAGAGAGGUACGAGUGGGUGCUCAUCAAGAAGCCGGAGCUGGCCAAGGCCGUGCCGCGCUCCCGGCAGCGCUCGCCUUCCCCCGCUCCCGAAUCCCGGCUCGGCUCCUCCCGGGACAGCCGCAGCUCCAGCCCCAACCACCUCGCCGUGCCCUCGCCGCAGAGGAGAGGCCGCCUGUCCCCGUUCCUGGCCAUCAGGCACUUCCUCCUGCCCUCCAAAACUGCCUCCAUGUUCAUGUCCGGCUCCCGGGACGGGAUCGUUAUCGGUGGAGGGGGAGGCCAAGCCCUGUCCCUGGACGCCAGCCUGCUCCGGGGACACACGGAGCACUGCGAGACCUUCGACAACCCCCCGCUCUGCCAGGAGAACUUCCAGGUGCAGCUCUUGGAAGUGUGGGGCUUCCAGAGCGCGUAGUUCCCGUGGGGACACCCCUCGUGUGCCGCCCACGGGCACGGGGACCCCUCCCCGCGCUGGCCACCCCCGGCCGGGCUGUGGCCACCUCUGCGGCAGCUCCACUCUCCAUCGUCCCCUCUGCGCUCCGAUCACAUCAGAUCACAUCAGAUCAGAUCAGAUCAGCGCUCCCGGUGCCGUGGAGAGAGGGCGAGGCAGUGCCAGGACCGGGACUGCGGGCGCUGCCCCUGGGGACAUUCGAGGUCCCCUCCCGCAGUUUAAACCCGGCCCACUGCACCCAGUCUGUCCCAGUUUGGGGUGCUGGAGGGGAGGCCAGCCAGUCUGGAGUUUCUCACACCCUCCUGGCCUGUCUGCAGUGUGGGGCUCAGCAAACCAGUGGCAGCACGGGCAGAUUCUGUGGGAAUUCUGAGCCCGGGCGAAACCCAACACCGAGCUCCAAAGCUCACCAGAAACACUCUCAGAUCCGCUUCCCCCUGGCCCCAAGCCCAGCACAACCCUCCAAGCAUCCACGGAGCUCUGCAGCCUCCGUGGGUAUCCAGGACUGCCCGGGAUCCACCAGCACCGGGAGAGACUCUUCCCGUCCCUGGCUGGAAGUGCUGCCCGGGGAUGGCAAAGCCCUGCCCGGAGUUUGCAGGGCAGCGACAGCCCCGGGGGGACCCCACGUUUGGGGCUGAGCCCUUUGCUCUGUGCUGAGCCCAGGCGGGCGUGGGGCUGCAGGGCUGGCCACGGAGGAGAUUCCCCAAUGGGAUCACCAGGAUGGGCCAUUCUAACGAGGAAUGGGAACAUUUGGUGUCGCUCUGUGAGGCACAGGAGGGGUGGAGGCCACGGGGAACGCUCUGGCUGCAGCAGGAGAACCUCUCCCACCCCAAACACACUUUCCCAGUGGGGUCACCUCCCAUCCCACCUAUCCCAGCUCUGCAGCCACUCGGGGCAGGAGCUGUGGCUGCCUCAGGGCUGUGCCAGCGCUGGCACGAGGGCCCGGCGUGAGCCGCGAUGGCAGAGGUCACACAGGGCUGGACACAGGCACACUGGGAAUGGCUCAGAGCCUCCACAGGGUGUCCAGGAGACAGUCCCAAGAGGAAUGGGAUGUCUGGGCCGGAGCCACCAGGAGGGGAACCAGCGGGAAUGAGCAGUACCUGGGGGAAGGGAAUUCUGGCAGUGGGAGGCUGCGGCCACCGAGUCAGUGACUCAAACGGGCUGCGGCUCCAAAGGAGGGAAGAGACUGAUCCGGAUACACCCAGCGAGCAGGGCUUGGAUGUACAUUGUAAUUAAUAAA